AUGGCUCUUAUUCACCCGAGUUCCUGUGAGUGCUUACAUUCUGGAUUGGAUUUAUUUAGUACACCCCCGACACAAACUGCCGUCGAGGAGGGUCAAUUUGUUGAAAUACAUCCCCUGGCGUCCUUGGCACAAGGUGCACCUAUAGAAUUUGCCAUUUCUGGCAACAGUGAAGACUAUCUCGAUUUGUUUAAUACUUAUUUACACGUGCGCGCUAAAGUAACCUUAGCGAAUGGUGAUUCAAUACCAGCGGAUGUUGAUGUCGCACCCGUCAAUUAUUUUUUGCACAGUUUAUUUUCACAAGUGGAUAUUUCUCUAAACGAUACGCUAAUUACUGCUAGUGAGAACACCUAUCCGUAUCGCGCCUAUCUGGAAGCUACGUUAAAUCACGGGGAAGAGGCCAAGAAUGGGUCUCUAUCGGCCGCUCUUUAUGCGAGGGACUUAGCCUGUUAUUUCGAGGAAUUCAAAGAUGACAAUAAUGAAGGGUAUAGGAUUCGCCGCACCACCGCUGCUGAAAGUCAUGAGAUCGAUAUGAUGGGACGUAUACACUCUGACAUUUUCGCUCAAGAUCGGUAUAUGCUGAAUGGUGUUGACAUUAAAAUUAAACUUACACCCGCAAAAGACAGUUUCACUCUCUUGACAGCAGAACCAAACAAGGGAUAUAAAGCGGUUAUAACGUACGCAACAUUGGUGGUUAGAAAAGCCAGACUUAACCCCGCCAUUUCUAUCGCACACGAAAAGGCUUUAACGACAACAAAUGCAAAAUACCCUUUUAAACGCGUUGUAAUAAAAACCUUUGCUAUACCGAAAGGUAUGUUAAGUCACAACCAAGACAAUUUGUAUAUGAGUCAAACACCGACCCGUUUAGUGAUCGGUCUAGUCGCCUCUACCGCCUUUAAUGGAAGUUACACGAAAAACCCCUUCAAUUUUCAACAUUUUCACUUGACGUAUUUAAAUGUAAGCGUUGAUGGUCGCUCGUUAUCGGGAAAACCACUGGUCAUGGACUUUGAUAAGAAACAAGCCAUUAGAGCGUUUUUCAAUAGUAACCUCGCUCUUGGUAUGGUUGGAAAAGAUGCUGGUAAUGGGAUAGAUUAUAAAAACUUUAAGAACGGGUAUACCCUGUUUGCUUUUGAUUUAAGCCCUAGUCUUUUGGAUGGUGAACAAUUUGAAUUGGCUAAAUCCGGACCUGUUUCUAUUGAACUUAAAUUUUCACAAGUUACAGCUGACCCGAUUCAAGUUAUUGUGUAUGCUGAACUUGAUUCGGUGUUAGAAAUUUCGAAAACGAGGCAAGUGCUUACAGAUUACACCGCCUAA